AGGAGAAAGAGGAGGAAAAAGAGGAGAAAGAGGAAAAAGAGGAGGAGAAAGAGGAGGAAGAGGAGAAAGAGACGAAAGAGGAGCAAGAGGAGAAAGAGGAGAAAGAGGAGAAAGACUAAAAAGAAGAGGAGAAAGAGGAGGAAGAGACGAAAGAGGAGAAAGAGGAGAAAGAGAAGAAGGAGGGAGAGGAGAGAGAGAACUUGUGUUUGAACCUUUCCUGAAGACGUUCCUCUAGUUGAAGAGGAGCAGACGUACUGCAAUGCAUGAUGGGAACUUCUAACGCGGACGCCUGACGCCCUGAUAGCCUCCCUGCACCCAGGAACAGAGACAGGCAGCAUGCGGGCCAGGUCGUCCCAGGGACGGAGGUCUCCGGCUGGGGCAGGAGGGCCGCUGCUGCUGCCUCUGCUCCUGGGUCUGAUGAUGAUGACCAUGACGAUGAAGGUGUUAGAGGCGGCGAGCGUCGAGGAGGCGGAGAGCGAGGAGAUCCUGGAGGAGCCCGAGGAGGCCGUCAGCACGGAGAUGCCGGAGCUGAUGUCCUCAGAAGUGUCCAGAGUGUCUCCUUUCAGCUCCUGGAUGAUCUUCAGAAGAAACUCUAACAAGGGGGACAACCGGAGAACCAAAGGAUCCAGGAAAAUCUCAAAGCAUGGUCUUCCAGGCCCUCCUGGCCCCCCGGGCCCCCAGGGGCCUCCGGGGCCCCCCGCCCCCCUCCUGCCCCAACAACAGCAGCUGAUCCAGGAUCUGCAGCUCAAACUGCGAGGUGAGAACUCCCUGACGCAGCAGCAGACCUUUCUCUGAUGCUAAGCUAGGCUAACAACGUCCUAAAUGCGUCUCUGUACCGGAGCGGCAAAGAUUCGUGAAUGAAUUAA